UCUUGAAGCAGAAAAGAUUUCAAAAUGGAAGCCAGGAAAAUUUUGGAGCUAGCUUUCAUCCUUUGCCUCGCUGCCACCCCAGUGUAUUCCCAACGCUACUCUCAGACUCGUCGAUACAUAUCAAAGGAGAAGAAAGUUACCAAUCUCCACUUCUUCUUCCAUGACACUCUCAGUGGCAAAAACCCUAGUGCUGUCUUGGUAGCACAAGCUAAUAGAAACAAGUCAGGAAGCCAAUUUGGCGACGUAUAUGCCAUUGAUGAUCCUCUAACAGUUGGUCCUGAACUUACCUCUCAAGUUAUUGGUAACGCACAGGGGCUUUACGUAUUUACCAGUCAAGGUAUACCAUCACUUGUAUCAAUCUAUGAUUUGGGUUUCACAUAUGGCGAGUUCAAUGGUAGCUCAAUCAGUGUGUUUUCGAGAAAUCCAGUGCUGGAGACAGAACGUGAGCUUGCAGUGGUUGGAGGGAGAGGAAAGUUUAGGUUAGCUCAAGGGUUUGCUCAACUGAAGACUUAUUAUUUUAAUCAGACUUCAGGUGAUGCUAUUGUUGAGUAUAAUGUGACUGUGAUUCAUGACUGA